AUGAAGUUUGUGCCGAUCCGCUCCCAGAUGACAUUAGGGCCGAUCUUCGGCCAGAUGUCGUCCGUGCUGGCCCUCUUCCUGAGCACGUACGAGUCGCUCUUCUUCCCGAUGUCGCUCGUGCCUAUAUUGUUCCUGAGGAUGUUCCCGCCGAUCGGAUUCCAGACGACGUUCGAGCCGAUCUUUCUCCUGACGUUCGAGGCGAAGCCGAUCGCCAUCCAGAUGGCGCUCUUGCCGCUCCUCCCCCAGAAGAUGUGUGUUCCGAUGUUCUUCUCGAGGACGACCACGCCGAUAUUCCUCCUGAUGUCGGUCGCGCCGAUCUUCUCCCAGAUGCUGAGGGUGCCGAUCUACUUACCGUUGAUGAUCGCGGCCGUCGGACGCCUCGCAGAGAUGCAGCGGCCGCGGCGCAUCAUAAGGCCGCGUGACGGGCUGAACUGA